GCUGCUUGCUUUGGUCUCACCCGCCCAGAAAAUCCAGUCCGAUUUGUCUCAGCCAUCUCCGCCGCCGCUCAUUGCAUUCUUGCACAUAUCCGCCGCCGCUCAUUGAAUUCCUGCCCAUAUCCGCCGCCACUUUCUCCAUCACUCCGUAAUCGGAGCACCGGUUCUAAACAGGAGAAGCUCCCAACCAACAAAGGCCCAUAUUAUAUACUUCCAACGGGAUUUCGCUCCAUUGAUCGAUUCUCUAAUGUCAAUCUGGUUGCCGGCUCACAUUUUCAAAAACCAUUGCUUUAUAUUCGGACCUCGAAUUGGACUGAACUCCUGCCGUGUCCAUUCCCUCACCAAUGGAUUUGCAGGAUUGUUUCCUAUCAAGAGGCGUGCAUCUGUCACGACUGCAGUGCCUAACCAUAGGAUUCGGGCAGGGAAACGCGAAACCUAUACAGUUGUGUCUGACAAUGUAAAUUAUGGUGGCAAACAGGUCAUAAGUGUCACUCCACAGCUCUAUGAAUACCUGCUCGGCAAUGUUAGAGAACCAGAG